AUCUCAUUUUCACAAUGAGAGUUCAAAGUGAGAGCAGAGGAAAAAGUUCGAGAAAUAACUGAGAGAAAAACUGAGCACGGAGCACAAGCAGCAACAGAAACGCCUUCAGACAGAGCAAACUCUCCUCGCUGGAGUGCGGAGUGAGAGGAGGGCAGAUGUGAUGAGAUUGGGUGUUUUUGUGUUUAGUAACUGUGGGCAGAGGCUAGACAGAGCUAGCUUUGCUUCGAGAACCGAAAAGGAGCAUGGCCAUGACCCAGGAGACAGUGAUCCAGUAUGAGCCAGUGGCUGAGAUCGGCGGCGGGGCAUAUGGCACCGUGUAUAAGGCUCGGGAUCGAGAAAGCGGACAGUUUGUGGCCCUGAAGAGCGUCCGCGUGCAGACGGACCAGGAGGGCCUUCCCCUGUCCACAGUUAGAGAGGUGGCUCUGUUGAAGAGGCUGGAGCAGUUCGACCAUCCAAACAUUGUCAAGCUCAUGGAUGUGUGCGCCACCCUGAGAACAGACCAGGAGACUAAAGUCACUCUGGUGUUUGAACAUGUGGAUCAGGACCUCAAGACAUAUCUGGAGAAGGCUCCGGCCCCGGGACUGCCUAUUAGCCGAAUUAGGGAUCUGAUGCAGCAGCUGCUCUGUGGUCUGUCCUUCCUGCACUCUCAUCGGGUCAUCCAUCGGGACCUGAAGCCAGAGAACAUCCUCGUCACUAGCAGGGGUCAGGUCAAACUUGCUGACUUUGGCUUGGCUCGCAUUUACAGCUGCCACAUGGCGCUCACCCCAGUGGUGGUGACUCUGUGGUAUCGCUCUCCAGAGGUCUUGCUCCAGUCCACCUACGCAACACCUGUAGACAUCUGGAGCACAGGCUGUGUCUUUGCAGAGAUGUUCCGCCGCAAGCCUCUGUUCUGUGGGGAGUCAGAAGUGGACCAACUGACAAAGAUUUUUUCGGUUAUUGGCCUGCCUGCUGAGGGGGAGUGGCCUACUGAUGUCACACUCUCCCGACAGAACUUCAGCCCCCAAAGUCCUCAGCCAAUCACAGACUAUGUUCCUGAGAUCGGUGAAGAGGGAGCAGAUCUUUUAUUGAAAAUGCUAACUUUUGACCCCUUGAGGAGAAUCUCGGCCUUGAAUGCUCAGGAGCACCGCUUCUUCUCAGAGCCUGGCGUUAACUCUUAGGACACAGUGGCUGAAAUCUACUCAAUUCUGUGAAAGAAAGUGACAGAGAUGCUCGUAACAUAAUUACGUUAAGUGCGUCUGGGCUGCUUGUUUUAUUGUGGCUUUACUAAUCGGACCAAUGCCCCGGGGACAAGUAGGCCACGGUAACCAUGGAAACUGACUCCCAAACUUGUGUGGUUGAAGACAGAUGUAAAUGUUGUACAUGAAGGGUAGAUUUUUAUUAUUUUUAUUUUAAACAACUAAAAUUUCAGUCUUUAACAUUUGGGUACUGAUCCCGUCAGCACAGAUACUAUCUGUCCAAAAGUCUGUACACAGUUUCUUCUGAAAUCAAGGGAGUUUUUGGAACCUUGCUGUGAGGGUCUGAUUGGGCAUUAGUGAUGUCAGGUGCUGAUGUUUGAUGGUCAAUUCUGGAUCACUCCAACUCAUCCCAAAGGUAUUGGAUGGAGCUCAGUCACUCCAGAGAACACUUCCACUGCUCCACAGCCCAAUGCUGGGGGGCUUUACACACCUCUAACCUAUGCUUGGCAUUGGGCAUGGAGACAUUAGACUUAUGUGCAGCUGCUCCACAGCUUCACAUUCAGUUGAUCAGAGCUUUUCUAUGGAGAUUAUACAAGCUGGGUCAGCAAUGGGUGCAGCUGAACUCCGUAGAAGAGGUGUUUGGAGACUUUUGGACGGAUGUAUGAAAAUGGUAGCAUUCAGGAGAAACGGUACUCGUGAGUGAAAGUAAGCAUUAAAAUCUUUUACAGCCUCGCAGUGUGUACAUAACAAAUUUCGUCAGCAGCGUCUAACACGUCUUGCUGCCCUAACAGGCAUUUCAUUUGAGCAGCAGAAACCUUAAAAGGGCCCAAAUCUGACAUUAUUCUUUUACUUUUUAUUAUCUGAGGUCCACUUAUGAUAUUUGUGUGGUUUUAUGUACCAAAAAAUUCUAUUUUCAUUUCUAUGUGAUCACUUUCCAGCCUCCCUUUAUAUCUUACAAUUAAACAGUGCUGUGUCUUUAGGAUAUAUCUUGAGCUCUUUUCUGAUUGGCUCCCUCAUUCAAAAAGCAGUCUGGACUGAAACACUCUGUAUAGCUUCAGUGUGAAUGGGCAACUGCGAAUGUAAUGUUACAAUUACUGAAUUCAAGUCAGUUUGUUUUUCAGUUUGGGCUUUGUGGACUGAGAAGUGAGUCUUCAGUUUUGAAUGUUUUGAAACUUUGACAGUAUUUACAUACAUUUUUCAUUAAAAAAAAAAAAAAAUCCGUUUUCCAUAAUAUGGGCUCCUUAACGUUUCUGUUAACUAGACUGCUGUUAAAAGCAUAAUGCUGAAGCAUUCACAGGUUUCUGUUUUUAAUAAAUAACGUUCUGGUGGUAUUUGAAAGUCAGGAUUUGCAAACUGGCACUUUACUGACAGCAUCACAGUUAAUUCCAUCUAGUUGUGUUUUAAAGUAUAUUUUCAUGACCUCUAUAAAUUACGUUAUUAUUUUACCUCACAGCCAAAUGCUAGCAUCCACA